AUGAGAGACAUACCUGGUGUAAGUGCAGCCAACAUGGAAAGAUUACGUCAGAUGAUGAACCCUCGUCUGAAUGGGCGCGAAGAGUUUAAACAGAGGAUGCAAGAAUGGGAAAACAGUUUACCAGCAGCUGAGAGGACAGCAGUGCAAAAUCACAGAAAACAAAUGUUUGAAAGACGUCAUGCUGAACUCCUUCAAAGAGGCAUCCCAGGUGUGAGUGAUUCCAGUAUGGAUAGGCUACGUCAGAUGAUGAAUCCUCUACCGGAAGGAAGAGAAGCUUUUCAGCAGAAGAUGGACGAAUGGAUAAACAGUCUGCCACCUGCGGAUAAGGCAGCAGCAGAAGCGCACAGAGAACAGAUGCGUCAAAGACAUAGAGGUCCUCCACCUCCUCCUCCUCUCUAAAAUCCAUAUCCGGGCAGUGGAUCAGGUGCUUGUGAUAAAGC